AUGCGCGGCUUCGACCAACCCACGUCAAGUUCUGCGUCCCGAGCUACCAAUGCGGGACUACGCGAGCAGAGCAAUCAACCAUCAAACAUAAGAACUAGACAGGGUCGGUUCGAAGCUCCUGCUACGAUACCGGGAGCCGGAGAGGCGAAGCAACCAUACCCGACCACAUCCAGACGCAAGUCUAGUAGUCCCUCAGCUUUGCCCCUCCCACAAGCAUUGAGCGAACCUCAACCGCCUUCUUCCGGACGCAAAUCGCCUGCCUAUUUGCAAGGCAGGAACCCAUAUGGCCGAGUCUUGGACAAGGUCCAGCAUCCGUACCGGGAGCCCGAGGCAGUGACAACAGCACCUGUACCGCCUUCCCAAGCUGGCUCCAAUAUCGGUUCACGGUCACCUGCGGUGGGCGUCACAGACUCCAAACAACAAUCUCUGGCCCAAGAGCCGGGUCGACGCGGCACCCAGACAACAUACCCGCCAUCAAGACAGCCACAGGUCCCCAAGUCAGUUCGCUCUGCCAAGGACUUCUUCGAGACGGAAGCCUUUCAACGUCCGUCAGCAUCCCGUCCCCCACCUUCAGUUCCUGGUACCAGUGCCGCGAAGGCGCUCGCACCCCAAACCUACCCCUCUAGUUCCUCUCUCGAAUCUCCUGCCCAUGCUCCCAACCCGAAGUUGUCUUCUACUGCUGACGAGCAAGCCCUCGAUACUGGGCUGCUGUUGUCUUCUCUCACGGAAUUUUACGAUACUCGCGAAUCUGUGCAGUCCGUGAUCCCCUACAAACAAGGCGAAGCCGAUGAGAGCGCUCCCAUGAUCACGACACAGAAAGCAACGCCUCCGGCCGUACCAUCUGAUCAGGGAGAGGAGCAGUAUUUUUCCGACAUAGAGCGAGAAUCCAUUGGUCGUCGGAAGUCUACCAACAUCUUUGCAGGCAAAUCCGACGGUGCAAGGCUUCCAAAUUUCGGCCAACAGACUGUACAGGACAGCUUUGCAAGCGAUGAUCCCUCCAAGAGGCCACUUACUGACACUGGCGGAGCCAACCCGGUUGAUCACAGAGCCCCCUCUGAUGAGAUUGUGAGGAGUCUCGCUACCCGCAGUUCAAUACCAGCUGCUGAGACCAGGCAAGCCAGCAAUCCGAACCCUCCGUCGCAACAGGAAGGUAGACGUGCGAAGUCUGGUCGCGAUCUUCGAAGGACUUUCGAGGAAGACAACGGGAUUUCUCCCAAACGGCUCAGGCGCAGUGGAUCACACACUGCUUCUUUGACAGAGAGUGGUACUUCAGCAAAAGAACCCGUCGAUCGUGUCGCGGAGUGGACCCAGAGUACGGAUGUUGGAAAUCCUCGCAACCAGUCUGGGAAGUCCAUUGGUGUGCGUAGACAAGCUGAGGAGAUCGUGGCAAGGAAUCUCGGCCACGACGGUGCAAGCGACAUGAGUGUCUCCCGACAAAGCUGUAUCUCAGGCUCGAUACCAACUGCCAACAUUGGUGUCGAGGAGCAGUAUGGCGAGACCAAAGUGCCGGACGAUGUCGACAACCGCCAAGGGUACGGACGUCGCGUCACACAAGAUUUCGGCUUCCCAGGCGCACGGAUUAAGUCGUAUGGCAUCAACAAGACAAGCCGACCGUUAAGAGACCCUGGCAAUUGGACUAAGCGAGCGUGCGGACACUUCUCAUACAUGGGCAAAACCGAGCACCGCGAGCAUGCACAAGAGAAAAUAUGUCGGCAAUGUUCGACCCGAGUACCAGUGCUUGAAGAGCUACUGUCUACGAAGCGGCGGACACGCAGACGAGCUUCAUCAGAAUCAUUGACCUCUACAACCCCUUCAUCGAAAAUCUCCACAGAUGACUGUUGCCGCCGGCAGAGGCGUCGUCGGUGUCACUCUGAAAGCAUGUCGCUUGACAGAUGCGGAGAUAGAUUUGCUGAUGAGUUGGGUCAUAUCAUCGACAAUAUUCUAGAAGAGCAUGCAAACACACUCCAGAAUGUCAUCAGCAACAUCAAGAACACCCAACCCAGUUUCGACCAGCUUCGAAGGGUGUCUGGAGAUCUUGUUCAGCGAUGCAAUACCAACGCAUGUGAUAGGAAUCGUUGCCAGACAUCCUGUCAUCCAGCACGAGCAUCCUGUCGACGGGACGAUGAUUGGCAUCCACCUUGCCCAUAUCUCCCACCCAAAGCGGCAGAGAAACUCAAUGUUGGGGCUACAGGCCAAGUCAAGCCGAACCUUAACGAUCCUGAAUCGAGCCUGCGUGAAGAGGUGCAGUCAAUACCCGACCUGGUCGAUCUUGUCAAAUCUGCAGCCGACGAUCUCGGCUUCGAUCUUGACCGAAGACCCACCGCGACCGACGAUGACGAGUUCCACAACGCCCCUUACGAGGCCACACCCAUGGAUUCUGUCUCACGUCACACGGAUGUCUCCUUCGGGACGACAGAAAACAGGGCGACGGAGGACGAGCCGCUUACUGAGGACAGCUGGCUACAGCAAACACGUAGACACUUGACCGAACUCUCAGAAGCCCGAGAGCAGCUUAUGGACGAAUUGGAUUCCAUCGCUGGAGAUCUCGACGUGAAAUUCCGAGACCAACCCGAGGUUGAGUCGGUGACUGAUUCGGAUGCACCACAUGCACACCGUGUACUCAGCAAAGCUCCCACAGGUCUCUCGCGUACAUCCACAUUACAGAGAGACGCUCUUAUCGACUCAGUACAGCGUAUGCUCAGCAAAGCGCCUACUGGCAUCUCACGCAGCUCUACAUGGCAUGAGCAGAAUCAGGGAGAAGAGGCUACUGAUGACCUCGAUAUCAGCAGAGCGCCUACUGGCAUCUCACGCAGCCCUACGUGGCAUGAGCAGGGUCAGGCGUUGACUGCUGAUGACCUCGAUUUCAACCCGGCACAGCGCAGAUCAAGCAAAACUCCUACCGGUCUCUCACGCACUUCUACUUCGCAGAAAGAAGCUAUGAUCGACUCGGUACAACGUGUGCAACGUGUGCUCAGCAAGAUCCCUACCGGCCUCUCACGCAGCGCUACACGGCAUGGAGAAGAUGACGGAGAUGAGGAAGAGAAAGAAGCAGUCGAUAAUCGCAGUCUCGGACUUGUGCAGCGUGUACUGAGCCCAACCCCUGCAGACUUCUCGCGCAGGUCUACAUCGCAAGCAGAUGCCAUCGUCGACUCGGUACAGCGCGUGCAACGCGUGCUCAGCAAGGUUCCUACUGGCCUCUCACGCAGCUCUACAUGGCAUGGAGAAGACGAGGAGGCCGUCGAAGACCCCGACAUCGAGCCAGUGCAGCGUGUGUUGAGCAUGUCACCUCCUGGUAUCUUACAGGCCUCUACGUGGAUCAGGGACGCUUCUGUCGACGCAACGCGACGUGUACUCAGUAAGCCUCUUACUGGCCUCCUGCGCGAUACUACCUGGCAUAGCAUGGGAGACGACCCAGCAGACAGUUCUUUCGUCGAGCCCGUACAACGUGUACUCAGCAAGGCUCUUACUGGUCUCUCGCGCAACUCUACAUGGCAAAAGGAUGAUGAUGCACCGGUAGACGAAUCCGUUGUUGAAAGUGUGGAGCGUGUACUCAGCAAGGCUCCUACCAGCGUCUCACGCGAAUCCGAAUAG